AUGUCCGCCAUGCUCGGCCUCUCGCCCAGCACAGCUGGCGUGACGCUAUUGGCGCUUGGGAACGGAGCCCCUGAUGUGUUCUCAUCUCUCGCGGCUAUCGUUGGGGGGAACCCGAAAGUGGGACUGGGAGCGGUUGUCAGUGCAGGCGCAUUCGUCACGUGUUUCGUGGUGGGCUGCGUGGCAGUUGCAGCUGCGCCCUUCCCCGUGCGACCGCGUCCGUUCCUGCGUGACUCGUGCCUCUUUGCAACAGGCGUGCUGCUGCUGCUCCUCAUAUACCUGUCAGGCCACGUGUACCUCUGGCAGGCAGCCGGCCUCGUAGCCUUCUAUAUCUGCUUUGUGGUCGUGGCUAUUGUGUCCAAUGCGUGGGAGCCGCCAGACCCUCCCCAUCCACAUGCCCACGGCCAUGCCCAUUCGCCCAGGGAGGAUAAGAAAAGCACUGCCAUCACGCAUGACUCCCCUGUGACGCGAUACAAGAGCCAUUUGGUGCAGCAGCCGGGAGAUGACACGUGUGAUGAGCCUCAGCAUCAGCUUCAGCAUGUGCAGCAGCAGCCGCAGCAGCAACAGCCAUUGCUGCCAUUGUUCUGGUCCUCGUCUCCUCUCGCUCACCACCACCACGGCAUUCGCAAGCCACCUCAGCAUGUCCUUGUGCAUGUCCCUCGCCUCUGGCGUCUGGCGCUCUGGACACUCACCACCUGGCUUGAAAAGCUACGGGCGUGCCUGCACGUAAUCUUUGACCCUCUGCGCCUGGCCACCAUCCCAUCCAUCGACCCCUCUGCAUGGGACAUCCGAUACGCCACUGCCAACGUCGCUCUCUGCCCUCUCAUCGCCAUCCACACCACCCGCGCCCUCCUCCCCCCCGACUCCAACCUCCUCUUCUUCCUCCCGCCCCUCGACCCCCCCUCCUCCUUCUCCUCCACCACCCUCUCCUCCUCUGAUUCCUCCUCUGCCUCCCCGACCUCCUCCCUCUUCUCCUCCUCCUCAACCCUCUCAACCUCCUCACUCGCGGUCCGCUCAUUCGUGCUCAUUCAAAGCUCCCUCUGCGCUGCAGCCUAUCUCCUCGCCACCCGAGCCUCCAGCCCCAUAGGCGCCCCGCGCUCCCUCAUCGUCCCCGUUUCCUUUGCCAUGUCAGUCUUCUGGAUAGCUCUAACAGCGUCAGAACUUUUAGGCCUGCUCUCUGCCCUUGGGAUUAUCCUGCACGUGUCGCCGUCCAUCCUUGGGAUUGCCGUGCUCGCCUGGGGAAACUCCGUGGGUGAUCUUGUAGCAGAUGUUACUAUAGCGAAGGCUGGGCACCCGACGAUGGCAAUUGCCGGGUGUUUUGCGGGGCCGAUGUUUAAUCUCAUGGUCGGGGUUGGGUCGGCGUUGGCUGUCCGUAGCUGGGACUUGUACCCUGAGCCGCUGGUGUUGUUUCACCAUCCUAAUGUGCUGCUGGCGCUGUGUUUUCUGCUGGGAGGGGUGCUUUCGUCCAUUGCCUUUAUAGUGUGGUCCGGGUUCAGGGUGACUAGGAGCUGGGGUGUCUGCCUGAUUUGCAUGUACUUGACGUUUGUGGUUGCUGCUGUUGCAAUCGAGUCAUCAUUGCAUUGA